AUGAAACAUGUUUUAAUAUUCGGAGGAGGCAACAAGUCAAAUUUUGAGGAAAAACUUGUUGAUUUCUUCAUAUUCAAUCAUUUUGAAACAACCAUUCCGGAGGAGUGGAGAAGUGAUUUGAUGAAUAUGAGUACGAGAGAAUUAAUGGACAUGUCUCAAUUCUCCAAUAUUGAAAAUAUUAAAAAUCAAAAAUUGAAGGAAUUUGUGGAGGCUUGUAGAGAUUUGUUUGUUUCGGAAAAGAUUACUUCUCCAACGGGUCAACAAGAUAAUAAAAAGAAGAAGAAAUUAAAGAGUUUGGAAAAGGGAUUAAAUCCUAAAAAGAAAUAUGAAAUUGAAAGGCUGAGUAAAUGUAUUAGAGAUUUGUCCAAGACAAGUAAUUGUAAUAGUAUUUGUGAUAUUGGAGGAGGACAAGGUUAUUUGAGUCAGAAAAUAUUGAUUGACCAAUCAGUGGAAAAUGAUUCUAAUAUUUCUUAUAUUUAUAAUAUUGAUUGUAAUGGUUAUUUGACAGAGAAUGCAAUGAAUAGAAUUAAGAUGGUUAAUUCUGUAUUGGAUAAAUAUCAUCAGGAUGAAAAGAUGCAUCAAUGUUCAUAUAAUGCCAUUACCUCACAUUUAUCCUUCUCAUUGAAUGAUGAGGAAUUUUCACAGAUUGUAAAUGAAUUGGAAGGACUCGUUGCUACAAAUGACGAUUUGCGAAUGCUCAUGAUUGGACUUCACACAUGUGGACCUUUGGCUAGUUCUAUUAUCAAGCUCUUCUUGCAAUCGAAUAUGUGUCAUUCAUUAGUGAAUGUUGGUUGCUGCUAUCAUAAAUUAAAGGAAGGAUCAAGCUUUCCACUUUCUUCCCACUACAAGAACAAUAACAAGAUUUACAUGUCCAAUCUUGGUAAAUCUAUGGCAUGUAUUAAUCCAUUCAAUUGGUCUCACUCCAAUAUGAAGGAGUGUAAUGAACAAUUCAGACUUAAGAGUUACAGAUAUGCUUUCCAGUACUUGCUCAAUUCAUUACUUGGGUAUGAAAAUUCAACGGACCUAAUCGUGAGACAAGCAUCUAAAACCAACAGUACAACAUUUGGCACUUUUGCUUAUCAUACACUCCAGAAUUUAUUCAAAGAUUAUCCAACCAUUUCUGAAAAUCUUCCUUUAGAAUUGACUUCAGCAAGUGUAGAUUCAUUUACACAAAAGUACAAUGAGUAUUACCAGUCGGAAUUUAAUCCUAAUGAACAUGAUGUAGUGAAACAGGUGGAGGCAUGUUGGUUUUUCAGAAGUCUUAUUGGACCAGUUAUUGAACACUACAUUCUUUUGGAUCGUUUAUUAUUCAUCCAUGAACACAGCAACACUAUGAUCAAGAAGGUUUAUUUAGAAAGAAUUUUCACACCAUCAAUUUCACCAAGAGGUGUUGUACUAGUUGCCAUCAAGAAGGAAAUUGAUGAAGUUGAUGAAAUUUCGACUUCUAGCAUUUAA